AUGUAUUCGUGGAAGCUCUGCAAAUGGGAUAGAAACAUAGGCAAACUUUCAAAGGGUAACAAGACGAGUGAGAACAACCCACACAAGCCGGCAUUUGCUGCAUAUCCGCUUUCACGGUGUAAAGCAAAACGGGGCCGAGGCGCAAGAAAAUACUCGCUGCCGGGGCUAGAGGAAGCAAUGCAGCUUCAAUGCGGCGAUAGGAUUGUGUCAAAGAUAAAACAACAUAUGGCAAUAGAGAAAAGUGAGGUUGAGGUCCGAGAGUCUGAAUGGACUCAGACCUCUACGUGGAGUCGCGCAAAAGGGCAGCGCGACUAUUCCUGCAUGAUAAAAAAGAAACGGAGUUGA